GAAGGCCAGGUUUCCCUGCUGAUCGAGAUCGAUGCCCAUAUAUCGCCUACUACUUGACACAAGCUCCUCCCUUCUCACUUUCCCGUAGAUGCUUAUCCAGCUACAGCCAUGAUCGCCGUCAUUCUGCUCACUCUCUGCUUCACGCCGUUCGCCGCUGCUGAUCCACUGGGGCACCUCUGCGGCGUCACCGGCGGCGGCUACACGGCGGUAAGCACCUACGGAGCCAACCUUGAACUCCUAUCCGCGGCGCUCCGCAAGAACGCCUCGUCGACACCGAUCACCCUCUUCACCAAGGGCUCCGUGGGCAUCGCCCCUGACACCGUCUACGGCGUCGCGCUCUGCCACGGCGAUGCCGCCACCAAUGCCUCGGCCUGCGCCGACUGCGUCGGCGCCGCGUUCCGUGACGCGCAGGACCUGUGCGUGCUGAUGAAGACAGCUCGUGUCCUGCGCGAGACUUGUAUCCUCAGUUACUCCAGCCAUGACAUCAUCUCUUACGGCAGUAAUGCCACCGAAAGUUUACUGGUGCUCAUCGGGCACGACGACAUCAAGCCCAUGUCAGGACCUGCACCUGCUCCGGAUACCCUUAGAGGCGAGAACGCCAGCGACGUCGUCGAGUCGCUGCUCGACGAGACGGCCAGGAUGGCGGCGUACACCACGGCGAGGUACGCCACGGGCCGCGUGGAAGUCAACAGCACUGGUGCCUUACCGGCAGUGAUAUACUCUUCGGCGCAGUGCAACCCGGACAUGCCGCCGGAUGACUGCCGGAGCUGCCUCCACGGUAUCAAGAACAAGUUCGUGGAGACGUAUCCCGAAUCCAUCAGCCGGCAAGGCGCAUGGGCUGUGGCUGCGUGCUGUAAUUUCAGGUACGGGACGCAUCUGUUCUACCAGGGCCAGCCCAUGUAUGUAAGAACCACCAACUCGUCUGGCGUGGUACAAACAACAACAAGGACGACGAACACGACGGCUUCGCCACCAGCGCCGGUCUUCGUGCCCACCAAGAUAUACAAGAAGCGUGAGAUGAAGAUAUUGGUCAAUGCCAUCAUUGUUCCUCUACUGGCAACAUUGUUUUGCUUCACAGUUUGCUUUGCAUUCAUGAGAGGACACAAGAAAGGUAAAACAAACUUUCCUGAGAAGACUAACGUGAAUGUGCUCAAAGAUGAACAAGUUUGGGAGCUAGAUGGAAGUAACUCCGACUUCACCUUUUUUGACUUGCCACAAAUAUCGGAUGCUACGAAUAACUUCUUGGAUGCAAACAAAUUGGGGCAAGGUGGCUUUGGCCCCGUUUACAAGGGCCAGUUUCCUGAUGGUCGGGAAAUAGCUGUUAAGAGACUUGCUUCACACUCAGGGCAGGGUUUCAUGGAGUUCAAGAAUGAAGUUCAACUCAUAGCCAAGCUUCAGCAUACAAACCUGGUUAGGCUCUUGGGAUGUUGCUCACAACGAGGGGAGAAAAUGGUGAUCUACGAAUAUUUGCCAAACAAAAGCUUAGACUUCUUUAUCUUCGAUGAAGCAAAACGAAUUGUACUAAACUGGAAUAAACGCCUAGCAAUAAUUGAAGGCAUAUCGCAAGGACUUCUAUAUUUGCAUAAGCUCUCUCGACUGCGUGUCAUACAUAGAGAUCUGAAAGCAAGCAACAUUUUGUUGGACAAUGAAAUGAAUCCUAAAAUUUCAGAUUUUGGGCUUGCUAAGAUAUUCAACUCUAAUGAUGUUGAAGGGAAUACAGAAAAGAUUGCUGGGACAUAUGGGUAUAUGGCUCCUGAGUAUGCUUCUGCGGGAAUCUUCUCAAUCAAAUCUGAUGUAUUCAGCUUUGGCGUGCUAAUUCUUGAGAUAAUCAGUGGUACAAGAAACUCAGGUUUCCAACAACACGGGAAGUUCUUCAACCUUCUUAGACAUGCAUGGAAGCUAUGGAAAGAACAAAGAUGGAUUGAGCUCAUAGAUCCAUCAUUAGUUUCGGAGAUUUCUACAACAGAGGCAAUGAGAUGUGUUAACAUUGGACUUAUAUGUGUGCAAGAGAAGGCUGAUGAUCGGCCCACCAUGUCAGACGUAGUGUCUAUGUUAAGCAGUGAGAGCAUCGUCUUGCCUGAACCUAACUAUCCAGCAUAUUUCCACAUACGAGUAACAGAGGAAGUGGCUUUAGUAGUCCCUGGGCCAUCUAGCAUUAAUGAUAUGACAAUAUCUAUCCUAUGUGGUAGAUAAUUUCUUACUAUUCUAGAUAUUAUGAUUUCUCUCUUAUUUCAUAAAUUAAUUGAAAGUGUUCUUACUUUUACCUAUUUUCUUGGACAAGAUCAAAUGAUGUUUUAGGUUUUCAAGAUUAAAAUUUCAUGGCA